CUCACAUCUGUAUAUUUCAACCUGGCAUCCAUGCAAAUGAUGUACCUUCGAAGAUAUUGGGCAGAUAUUGCCUGGGUCAGCAGCUUUUACAUCCGCCAUUUUAUCACAUUUGGCCCUUUCUAUGGUAUCUUUGGAACCAUACUGCUUAUAUAUUUUGUCAAGUUUCUUGAAAGUCCUUGGGUAACACUUGUUACCCAAAUGAGCCACAUACCAAUGAAAAUGAACAAAGAGGAGAACCAGGACUGGCUCAGCACUCAGGUCUUGGCCACCUGUAAUGUUGAGCAUUCCUUUUUCAAUGAUUGGUUCACUGGGCAUCAGAACUUCCAGAUUGAGCACCAUCUGUUUCCUACAAUGCCACGCCAUAAUUAUCACAAGGUGGCACCCUUGGUGAGGUCACUGUGUGCCCAGCAUGGACUGCAGUAUGUGAAAAAGCCCCUGUUGGAAGCAUUUGGAGAUAUUGCCAGGGCCUUGAAGAAAUCUGCAGCCCUCUGGAUGGAUGCUUACUAUGAAACAGGAAGCAGAGUGUCAACCUCGACACACAUGUAGCUGGACCUCUGAGGGGGAUUAGUGAAUGAGGAAAAGACCUUUCCUGGUUACUUGCUGGUGCCAUGGGCAUACCUGGUAUGUCAAGAGUGUGAAUUCCAAGGACACAUGAUAACCCCUUCCCUGAAGAUUUUCUCUGUAAUUACAAAGCAAUGGAAACACAAGAUGGUUGGGGUGCCAAAAGGGUAAUGGGAUUCAAAUUCUUUUAUUUCUUCUAUAGAAUUUUGAACUUAUUCCUACCAUGAGACCUAUUCAGAUCAUCUCCAUCACUGGGACAUAUACAAGGGAACAAGGGAGUCUUACUAAUGAAGCAGGUGUAGGAAGAAGAGGCCUAAAGGAGAGACCUCGGAUGGACACUUGGGAAA